UUUCCAUUCAACAGUAAAACAGUAAUCAUGAUUCAUGAAACUUUAUUUUAUUUAUGGAAUUGUCCAAGUGAAGUUGAUAUUUUAGAUACUAAUGAAUGGACUCAUUUAUUUGAAUUACAAGAAUUUCUACAUCCUGGGGAGCAGAAGUUGCUACAAAUCAUUGUGGAAAUUGCACUGGAUUAUUAUAAACUUUUAGCUUUUAGCAAACGUGUGUUACAUCAAAUUCCAAAUGGAGGAGGACUAGGAGGAAUUACAUCAUCAUUGUCAUCUGAGACCACGAAAGUAGAAUCGACAAUGAAAGUAUCUGCAGGUCUUUAUAUCAAUGCCUUUUGCAGUGGAAUGCAUAAAGUCUUAGAGGAUUACAGAAAAGAAAUUAUCAGACUGGAAGAUAUGUUUUUACAGAAUCCUCAAUUAUCGUUAACAUUUAUACUUAGCUCUAUAGAAAAAUAUCGAAAACUCUUUCAAGUACUACUUUCUAUGAUCCAGGUUAUAGAAAAAGACAAUGUACAUGGAUGUUUAUUAAUAGGAAGGUUGCAUAAAUAUAUUAAUUGUGGAAUGGAUCAGAUAGCUACCGCAGCUGAUCAAAUAAUUAAAUCUAUUAAUACGAUUUUCUAUAGACAUUUGUGUAAUUGGAUAAUUUAUGGAGAUUUAGUGGAUGCUUUUGGGGAAUUUUUCAUUAUAGAUGGAAAGACUGCUGAUGAAGAUUUUCUUUAUCCUGAACAAAUGAAAGAAUCAUCAUUAGAUAGUAGUGAAAUUUUAACAUUUAAGAAAAGUAGAAUAAGAAAACCUCCAGUUGUCAGAAAAUUCUAUAUAAAUUGGAAUAUGGUUCCAUUAUUUAUAAAUGAAGACACAGCAGAGAGCAUAUUGUUUAUGGGAAGAAUUGUUUGGAUUGUAAGAAAUGACCCAAAGAGAUCUAGUGAUGAUAGUUAUCAAAUUAAAUAUAAAAGAGAUAUAUGGGAAGGGAAAGAUAUUGAAUAUUACAGAAAAGUUCAAUCUUUGGAAUUUCAAACUUUUGAUAAUAUUGAAUUUCAGAAAACUAUUGAAGAAUGUAGAGUAAAGCUUACGAAGUACCUUUGGUCUGUAAUGUUAGACGAAGGCCAUCUAAUUGAGCAUUUGCACUUAAUCAGAGAUUAUUAUGCUUUAGGAAGGGGAGAACUAUUUCAGCAAUUCAUUACUAUUGCAGAAAAUCAUAUAAAAGAUACUUCAUCUGAAUCUGUCGUACAGAAUUUAAAUUUUAUUUUUCUUGAGACAGCUAGAAAAAUAUAUGGUGAAAAUGAUAAAACUUAUCUGAAAUUCGAGCUUACCUCAUCCAAUUCAGAUAACACACGUAAUCCUUGGGCAAAAUUACAAAUUAAUUUUGAAAUUCAGUGGCCUUUGCAUAUCGUUUUUCAUCCAAAAGUGAUGGAGCUGUAUAAUAAAUUAUUUUGUUAUUUGUUACGGUUACGUAAAACACAAAUUGAUCUUCACAAACUGUGGGCUGAACACGUUUCAAAGAAGCAGAAGAUUGAUAGAAGAGUUUGGACACUUCGCCAGAAUUUAAUAUUUCUCGUCAAUAAUUUGCAGUAUUAUUUACAAGUUGAUGUUAUAGAAGCUCAGUUUUCUCUUUUGUUAAAGGCAGUUCAAAAUGCUAAUGAAUUUGAAGAUAUUAUUAAAGUGCAUCAUGAAUUUAUUAGUAAUUUAUUAGCAAAAACUUUUGUUUUGACACCCGACGAGGAACAUACAUAUAAAAAUAAACAUCGUUUGUAUCAGAUACCAGCCGUACAGUAUAAUGUUCCCAGCAAGGUUUACAAUGUAAUUAUCAAAUUACUAGAAUUAUGUGAUGAGUUUUGUCUGGUUGCAACCACAUGGGAUGCUAUUUUAACCGAGCCAGAAUUGGAGGAACUGGAGAUCUUUCAGAAACGGAGUGAUACUGUUAUUGAGUCCCUACUUUUUAUUCUUUACAGCUUACACGAAAAAAUCAGUGGAGAACAUUUACUUCAGCUAUUGUCACAGUUAGAUUUCAAUAGGUAUUUCAGCAAAAAUAAACCUGAUUUUAAUUUAACUGCUGCUUUAAGUUAAAUA